AUGAGUGUCGCACGAUAUCUUCACACAGCAUCCACAUUAGCAGAUGGAUAUGUAUUAGUUGCUGGUGGAGAGGCCAACUAUACUACUUAUCUCAAUAGUGCUGAAUUGUACAAUCCAUCAACAGGCACUUGGACAACCACAGGAAACAUGGGUGUCGCACGAGAAGAACACACAGCAUCCACAUUAACGAAUGGAUUAGUAUUAGUUACUGGUGGACAGAGUAGUAAUGGUGUUUAUCUCAAUAGUGCUGAAUUGUACAAUCCAUCAACAGGCAAUUGGACAACUACAGGAAACAUGAGUGUCGCACGAUUUUGGCAUACAUCAUCCACAUUAGCAAAUGGAUCAGUAUUAGUUACUGGUGGAUUCGGCAGUAGUGGUGGUUACAAUAAUGCUGAAUUGUACAAUCCAUCAACAGGCACUUGGGUAACUACAGGAAGCAUGAGUAUCGCACGAUGUCGUCAUAAAGCAACCACAUUAGCAAAUGGAUUAGUAUUAGUUACUGGUGGAAACUACAAUGGUUAUACCAAUAGUGCUGAGUUGUACAAUCCAUCAACAGGCACUUGGGCAACUACAGGAAGCAUGAGUGUCGCACGAGCCUCUCACACAGCAUCCACAUUAGCAAAUGGAUUAGUAUUAGUUGCUGGUGGAACCUACAACGGUUUUAGUGCUUUAAAUAGUGCUGAAUUAUACAAUCCAUCAACCGGCACUUGGACAACUACAGGAAACUUGAGUGUUGCACGAUAUUAUCACAUAGCAUCCACAUUAGCAAAUGGAUCAGUAUUAGUUGUUGGUGGAAGCAACAACGGUGAUUAUCGCAAUAGUGCUGAAUUGUACAAUCCAUCAACAGGCAUUUGGACAACUACAGGAAACCUGAGUAUUGCACGAUAUGAACACACAGCAACCACAUUAGCAAAUGGACAAGUAUUAGUUGCUGGUGGACUUGGCAGCAGUGGUAUUCUUAAUAGUGCUGAACUUUAUUAA